CUGCUGGCCGCAGCUCUGUCCCCGAGGGAAGGACCUUCCUUCCCUGGCCCAGUCCCACUCCAGACUGAACUCCGCAGCGUCUCCCCAGGGGACACUACCAGGCCAUGGCCCCCAGCCGCGUUCCCCGCCCGCGCACCCGGCGACAGGUGGUGCGGGCGCCGCCGCCGCUCACUUGGAAAUGCGAGCUACCUGGACAGUGAUAAUUCUGAGAGGUUCCCUUCAGCUUCAAGAGACCAGAAGAGCCAUGCCUUCAGGUCUUGUCACUGUUUGGACAUUGUUUUCCAGGACCUACAGAAACCCUCAAACCCCAAGCAUGGGCAAAAGAUGGCAUCAGGCAAAAGGAUGAAGGCUCCACCGCCACAGUUGCCCCAAACAUGGAAGCGGGACCGAGAACAAUCCCUGGCGGCAGAUUACGUUCCUGUAGUGGUGGACCCUCAGGGGCAGAACCCGGACGGCAUCAGGUUCAACUUCUACACCUCCCAGUACUCCAACUCGCUGAACCCCUUCUACACGUUGCAGAAGCCCACCUGCGGCUACCUAUAUCGCCGGGAAACGGACCACACCCGCAAACGCUUUGAUGUUCCUCCAGCAAACCUGGUCUUGUGGCGCACCUAGGUCCAUGACAACGCUUGUAAGGUGCCCAUCCUGCACCUUCACCCCUUGGCCCUGGGUCUCAGAGGGAAAGGCCGUUUCAUUCUUGGAGGAGUAGCGUUUCCCUAGGCUAGCCAGGUGGGCUGUGAGCAGCAGAGGGAGGGCCUCUUCUCUGCAACAAUAAACUUUGUCCUCCCUUUCCCCGGCGGAGUCUAAAUGGAUAGGGCUUUGUAUAGUGAGUUUAUUCCAGUGGGGCCUGAAGAGUUGGAAGGAUUUACCCUUAGUCCCUCUGUCCCCAAGAACGUGCCUCUCUAAGGCCCAAGUGUCAGUCAG